AUGGCUAGACGAGAUUACGAUAAAGAUAAAGAUCAUUUAAAAACCUUCUUAAUGGAAUACUGUGUCCAGGACAGCCAAGGAAACAAAUGUUUCAAAUAUUCAGAGCAGUUGUCGAAACUGGCACACAGAGAACAAAUUGCAAUGUAUGUAGAAUUGGAUGAUGUAAAUGAUUUCGACGACGAAAUAGCAAAUGCUAUUAUUAAAAAUACGAGGCGUUAUAGUAACCUCCUUUCAGAUAUAGUUUUUGAAAUUUUACCAUCAUUUGUUCAGAGGGGUGUUAUAGCAAAGGAUGCUCUUGACGUUUAUAUUGAACAUCGGUUAAUGAUGGAGAAUCGUAUUAGGCAACCCAAUGAUCAGAGAGAUGCAAGAAAUAAAUUUCCACAAGAAUUGAUGAGGAGAUAUGAAAUCUAUUUUAAAGACUUAUCAUCCAAUAAAAAUGUACCGAUUAGAGAAGUUAAAGCCGAACAUAUUGGUAAACUUGUUACUGUACGGGGUAUUGUAACAAGGUGUACUGAAGUUAAACCAAUGAUGUGUGUUGCUACUUAUACUUGUGAUCAAUGUGGUGCAGAGACGUAUCAGCCCAUUGCAUCGCUUAGCUUCAUGCCCAUUAUUAUGUGUCCAAGUGAUGAUUGUAGAAUCAAUAAAUCAGGUGGAAGACUCUACUUACAGACGAGGGGAUCUAAGUUUAUUAAGUUUCAAGAAAUCAAGAUACAAGAACAUAGUGAUCAAGUACCUGUUGGUCAUAUCCCUCGUACAUUAACCAUUUUCUGUAGAGGAGAAGUAACCAGACAAGCACUUCCUGGGGAUCACAUUGCUGUUACUGGAGUAUUUUUGCCGCUUAUUCGUCAAGGUUUCAAACAGAUCUCGGGUGGUUUAUUAUCUGAAACUUAUUUAGAAGCCCACAGAGUUGUUUCACUAAAUAAAGUUGAUGAAGAAAUUUCUCAAAAUCCUCUUACACCAGAGGAACUUGCAACUUUGACAGAAGAUGAUUUUUACACUAAAUUGGCCAUGUCUUUAGCGCCAGAAAUCUAUGGGCAUAUAGAUGUAAAAAAAGCACUGUUACUUUUGUUAGUGGGUGGGGUUGAUCGUAGACCAGAUGGAAUGAAAAUUCGUGGUAAUAUAAAUAUCUGCUUGAUGGGAGACCCUGGAGUGGCAAAAUCUCAGUUGUUAGGAUAUAUUAAUCGUCUAGCUCCCAGAAGUCAAUACACUACUGGAAGAGGUUCUUCGGGUGUUGGUCUAACUGCGUCUGUCAUGAAAGAUCCUCUAACAGGAGAAAUGAUGCUAGAGGGUGGCGCCUUGGUACUUGCUGACCAAGGUGUAUGCUGCAUUGAUGAAUUUGACAAAAUGGCUGAUGUAGAUCGUACUGCUAUUCAUGAAGUUAUGGAGCAGCAAACCAUCAGCAUUGCAAAAGCAGGGAUCAUGACGUGCCUCAAUGCCCGAGUUUCGAUAUUAGCAGCUGCCAAUCCUGCCUACGGGCGUUAUAAUCCAAAGAGGACUAUAGAACAGAACAUUCAGCUACCAGCGGCACUUCUGUCACGUUUUGAUUUGUUGUGGCUUAUUCAAGACAAAGCGGAUAGGGAUAACGAUUUAAGACUGGCAAAACAUAUCACGUAUGUACAUCAGCAUUGCAAGCAACCUCCUAUGCAAACAGAAGCUUUAGACAUGAACGUCAUGAGGAAAUAUAUUGCCUUAUGUAAACUGAAAGACCCAGCAAUACCAGAGGAAUUAACGGACUUUAUAGUUUCUGCCUACGUUGAGCUAAGAAAAGAUGCCCGUAAUUCUAGAGAUAUGACUUUCACCUCUGCAAGAAACCUUUUGGGCAUUCUGCGUCUUUCCACGGCCUUGGCUCGUUUACGAUUGUCAAAUGUAGUUGAAAAAGAUGAUGUUAAUGAAGCUAUUCGCCUUAUGGAAAUGAGUAAAGACUCAUUAAAUCAACCAUUUGAAAAUAGAGGAUAUAGACCUCCAAAUGUCCAUGACAAAAUAUUUGCAAUUAUUAGAGAGUUGGCAGGAGAAAGUAAGACAGUCAAAGUGUCGGAUGUUUUGGAAAAAUGUGCAAGCAAAGGAUACAAUCCCGAUCAAGUUGAUGGUUGCAUAGAAGAAUACGAAGAACUUAACGUAUGGCAAGUAAACCAAACUCGAACCAAAAUUACAUUUAUAUAAAUCGUUGUAUUCAUAAUUUCACAAAUACUAUUUUCUAGUUUUUAGAACACACGUAAAUUGUAUUUAUUUUAUUUGAAUUAAUGUUACAUCACUAAGAUUUUAAUUUUUGUAAGACGACGAAUAAAAUUGUGCAUUUCUAGUUUUUAUAUCUAUUCUAUAUAAUUCUAUAAAUUAAAUCAAUUCGAAAUCCUAUUAAUGUCCAUUUUAACUUUAUGUUGAUGACAAUAAAUGUAUCUCUGUAAUUUU